UGUUGUACAUAGAGCCGGUUUAGUGUCGUCAAUGGGAAGCACGCGAGACGGUGGCAAAGCGAGUUACGGUCUAGAUUGAAAUCCGCGGCUGCACCAUGCUCUCUAGGUCUAUCCCGUGUCUGUGGAUUACAUUUUGCCUUCAUUUAUGCUGCUGUGUAGACAGCGGGGAAGCACAGAAUGCGAAGGAAGUGAUUCUGCUGGACUCCAAGGCACAGCAGACAGAACUGGAGUGGAUCUCCUAUCCUCCCAAUGGGUGGGAAGAGAUCAGCGGCUUGGAUGAAAACUACACGCCCAUUCGCACAUACCAGGUUUGCCAAGUCAUGGAGCCCAAUCAGAAUAACUGGCUUCGGACUAACUGGAUAGAGAAGGGCAAUGCCCAGAGAAUUUUUGUGGAACUGAAGUUCACCUUGAGGGAUUGUAACAGCCUACCUGGUGUGGUGGGCACAUGCAAGGAGACGUUCAACUUGUAUUACCAGGAAACAGAUUCCGAGGUGGGCAGGAGCUUACGGGAGAACCAGUAUGUGAAAAUUGACACAAUCGCCGCAGAUGAAAGCUUCACCCAGGGCGACCUGGGCGAGAGGAAGAUGAAGCUGAAUACAGAAGUGCGCAUAAUUGGCCCCCUGUCCAGGCGUGGCUUCUACCUGGCCUUCCAGGAUGUAGGGGCGUGUAUCGCCCUGGUCUCUGUCAAAGUUUAUUACAAGAAGUGCUGGUCUAUCAUCGAGAACCUGGCCACGUUCCCAGACACCGUGACGGGAUCAGAGUUCUCCUCGCUGGUGGAGGUCGAGGGCAUGUGCGUGAGCGAUGCCGAGGAGGAGGCCGACAACUCUCCCAAGAUGCACUGCAGCGCCGAAGGGGAAUGGCUGGUGCCCAUUGGGAAAUGUAUAUGUAAAGCUGGAUUUCAUCAGAAAGGAGACGCCUGCGAACCGUGCGGUCGUGGUUUCUACAAGUCUUCCUCCCAGGACCUUCAGUGCUCUCGCUGUCCGGCGCACAGCUUCAACGACCGCGAGGGCUCCUGGCGCUGCGACUGCGAGGACGGCUACUACCGAGCCCUCUCUGACCCUGCGUCUGUGGCCUGCACGAGACCUCCCUCAGCGCCACAGAACCUGGUCUACAACAUCAACCAGACCACCGUUAGCCUGGAGUGGAGCCCACCCGCUGACACUGGCGGCCGCAACGACGUCACUUACAGGGUUAUAUGCCGGCGCUGCAGCUGGGAACCUGAGGAGUGUGUUCCAUGUGGGCCCAAUGUGGGAUUCUCUCCCGCGCAGUCAGGAUUAGUGGACACUUAUGUGACCAUCAUGGACCUGCUCGCCCACGCCAACUACACUUUUGAGGUGGAGGCUGUCAAUGGAGUGUCAGACCUGAGCCGGACGCAGAGGCUGUUUGCGGCAGUCAGCAUCGCUACUGGUCAAGCAGCUCCGUCCCAGGUCAGCGAGGUCAUCAAGGAGAAAGUGCAGCAGCGCAGCAUCCAGCUCUCCUGGCAGGAGCCCCACCAACCCAACGGCGUCAUCACGGAGUACGAAAUCAAAUACUACGAAAAAGAUCAGAAGGACAGGAUCUACUCCACAGUCAGGUCCAAGUCCACAUCAGCCACAGUGAACAACCUGAAGCCCAGCACGGCAUACGUGUUCCAGAUCAGGGCCUUCACAGAGGCAGGAUAUGGCACCUACGGGCCCAGAUUAGAGAUAACCACCAAAGAAGAGGCCACAGCUGCGAUUGUCUCCAGCGAGCAGAACCCCGUCAUCAUCAUCGCGGUGGUGGCCGUGGCGGGGACCAUCAUCCUGGUGUUCAUGGUGUUCGGCUUCAUCAUUGGGAGAAGGUACGCUCUCGCGGGCCCCAUUGACUCUCCGCUCCUGCACUGCGGGUACAGCAAAGCCGAUCAGGAGGGAGACGAGGAGCUCUACUUCCAGUUUAAAUUUCCAGGCACCAAAACCUACAUUGACCCCGAAACCUACGAGGACCCAAACAGAGCUGUCCAUCAAUUUGCCAAGGAGCUGGACGCGUCCUGCAUUAAAAUCGAGCGGGUUAUUGGAGCAGGAGAGUUCGGGGAGGUGUGCAGCGGCCGUCUCAAGCUUCCCGGAAAGCGGGACGUGUCGGUCGCCAUCAAGACGUUGAAAGUGGGCUACACGGAGAAGCAGAGGCGGGACUUCCUGUGCGAGGCCAGCAUUAUGGGGCAGUUCGACCACCCUAACGUGGUUCACCUGGAGGGAGUCGUGACGAGAGGAAAACCGGUGAUGAUUGUCAUCGAGUACAUGGAGAACGGCUCAUUAGAUGCUUUCCUCAGGAAACACGAUGGUCAGUUCACAGUCAUCCAGUUGGUGGGGAUGCUGCGGGGCAUAGCGGCAGGAAUGAGAUAUCUCUCCGAUAUGGGAUACGUCCAUCGAGAUCUGGCUGCGCGAAACAUCCUUGUCAACAGCAAUCUUGUAUGUAAGGUGUCUGACUUCGGCCUGUCAAGGGUGAUCGACGACGAUCCCGAGGCUGUCUACACAACAACUGGGAAGAUGCAGGAUGUAAUGAAUUUGAUCUUUACUCCAGCCACUCACCUGCAUUUUACUGAACAGGGCGGCAAAAUCCCUGUCCGAUGGACCGCACCGGAAGCCAUUCAGUAUCGUAAAUUCACCUCCGCGAGUGACGUGUGGAGUUACGGCAUUGUCAUGUGGGAAGUCAUGUCAUAUGGGGAACGGCCUUACUGGGAUAUGUCCAAUCAAGAUGUCAUAAAGGCGAUAGAGGAGGGCUACCGUCUUCCAGCCCCGAUGGACUGUCCACCAGGCCUGCAUCAGCUAAUGCUGGACUGCUGGCAGAAAGACAGAGCGGAACGUCCCAAAUUUGAUCAGAUAGUUGGCAUCCUUGAUAAGAUGAUCCGCAACCCUAACACCUUGAAAACCCCAGUGGGAACAUGUACAAGACCAAUUAGUCCACUGUUAGAUCAGAGCACACCAGACUUCACUGCUUUCCGCUCAGUGGGAGAGUGGCUGGAAGCCAUCAAGAUGGAGCGAUACCGAGACAACUUCACAGCAGCUGGCUACAGUUCCCUGGAAUCUGUGGCCAGGAUGUCAAUCGAGGACGUGAUGAGCUUGGGGAUCACGCUGGUAGGCCAUCAGAAAAAGAUCAUGAGCAGCAUACAGACAACGAGAGCCCAGAUGCUGCAUCUUCACGGCACAGGUGUCCAGGUGUGACGGCGGACUGCGAUGGGCCGCAUCGGAUGGGGCGAAAAACAGAGACAGAACUUAUCUGGAGCAGUGCCUGGGACGUAACCGGGAUAAUCGUCAAAGUAAACGGACAUCUGUUAUGUCUGACUCUUCCGGCUGUGUCUGGAGUGAAAUCAUUCCUUUGUUCCUCAGUGAAGGAUUGCGGUCUGCCCCUUCAAAGGGCACUAAAGAGGAAAAGGGCAAAAAACAGCAACAAAAAAAGAAACUACCUGGACGAGACGACUUCCUUUUUUUUUUGAUUGUUUUUGAUUUUAUUUUUAGAAGCGCUUACGAACUCAACCACAUAUCAAAUGGCGCAUAAGAAAGGAGUUUGACGCUUACUUUCCUUUAACUUAAUGAAUGGUUUAAGUGCACACCAUCGCUAUGGAUUUCCUUUAAAAAGAACAAAAAAAAAACAACUUGUCUACUUGCAGUGGUUUCACUUGUACCUUUUUCUAAUUUGUUAAUUUUCUUUCCUGCCACAGUGACAUGCUGUGGCCCAAACAGCAGUUUUUUCUCUUGUACUUGGACUUGACAACAGGGUAAACUCUUUUAUCCAAACGCAAAAGGAAACUUUUUAGGCGCAGAUUCAAAGGUACUUUUUUUGUGCUGACACACGCUGGACUGUUUGACCUGUUUGCAGUGACUCAUGUUUUCCUUCAUGUGCUGUUGAAGUGAAAAUCGUAUCCUCACAUGCUUCGUUUGCAGCCCACACUGAUGGGUAUUUGACGUGGUUUCAGAUUUUCUUUCUUCUUUUUUUUUGUUGUUGAGGAUUUUUCGGAAGAGUGCAACACUGAGAAGACGCGGGAGGCGAAUUGUUCUUCGAAUCACCAGACUUUUAUAUCAGAGUAGCAAUAUCCUUUGUCUUGUGAUCACUACAGGACACAGAGAACAGUUCCUUUGAUUUGAUUGUUGAGAAUGUUGCGGCACUGUUUGUAGAUUGUAUCGAAACUGAAACCACCGCAAAUUGUUUUGCCAUCAAUUUGCCUAAAAUGUUGCAGACAGUGUAUUUCCAGUGCAUCGUUGAGCUGCAAAUACAGUUUUUAAAAGGUGGAUCCAAGAAAGGUGUAGACUUAAUACUGCCUUAAAAUGUGUUAGAUUAAGUAUUGCCACUAUUUUAGGCACUUCAAUGGCAAUGCUUUAUGCGGUUCAUUUAAGGUGUGGACAAGCUCCCUUUUUUUAUGUUUUUAUGUUUGUUUUUAUUUGUUUGCCUUGUAGUGUGAUGUCUUUUUAUCUGGAACUUGAACUGGUGAAAUCAAGUGCAUGGACAUGGUUUAAUGCCACGAGUGACACAGUCAGCAAAGUCGAGAUGGACUAAACAGAGCAAUAAUUACCAGGUAGAAAUGGCCCUCACCUGACAUUUUUUUAAGGUGCUAGGUUUUAUCGCAUGUGUGUGCUGUGCUGAGACAAACCCUUUGGCAAGAUUCAGUCGCCACCGGAAAGGACAGGAAUGUACCUCUAUGACCUAAAAAGAAAAAAAAAAAAAAGGUUUGGAAAACUGCCGUGCCAAGUCAUCAAAUGAAAUAAUCAUGUCGUAUUUCACUGCUAUAAUAUGCUAAACGUUUGAUGGAGUUCUAACAUGGCAUGGUAAUGUUAAAUAGAGUGGCUGCAGAGAUGAAAGAAGCACCAUUCGAAACACUACAAAGGUGCCAAUUAGUCAUGCUGACAUCAUCUUAUGACACUGACACGCCGCCCGGAAAUCAAAAUCAGGUUUAGGGUCUGAAAAUGCCGGAGCAAGCGAAGGAGCCCGUUAAAUCCCACCGUCCCGGCUCUGUAGGCAGCCGUGCAGCCCCCCCCCCCACACUUGUUUAUUCAUGCGUCUCCGCCACUCAACCCUCAGAGGCGUGGAUGUGACGGAACAUGCAUUAAAGUGUCUCUUAAGAUUGCUCCUCUUUUCUUUCUGUGCGGCUUUGUAUGGUGAACAGAGACGACGGGGGCUUUGCAGAAGAUGUUCUAAAAGCCAAUCAACCUAUUCAGUGCCAUCUGUCUCCACCUCAAAUGCAAAAAAAAAAGAAAAAAGUUUCCAUGUCGAGUAUGUUUAAGUGCAGUAUUCUUUGGUACGAACAUGCAGUUAUUCAUCCGUCAUGUAAAGAGGAGCGGCGUUCACAGAUGAGGACCAUUACAGCAUCUUCUUUUUACUGCCGCUGUAACCUGAGAGAAAAAUCUCCCUUUUCAAAGCUGCAGUCAUUUCUUUUAACUUUGUUGUUUUUCAUCUCAUAUGCAAAGAGAAAGAACCUCAAGCUCACAGUAACACCAUUAGCAGUGUUCUUCAUUCUCUCCAUUGUCUCUGCAUCCGCAUUAAGCCAGCUACAUUUGAGAACACGUCUUUUUUUUUCUCUGCGUUUUUUGGCCUUCUGUCCAGACUAAGCCGGUGUGGAGCACUUUUGUGAAAACGGUCUCCGGGGUGGAUAAAUCUGAAAGGCAAGGGGAAACGAGGGAGACAUAAGCCUGCCCAGACACUAUUGAGUAAAGUCGGUCACCUCUAAAGGGGUAGUCCUACAGCGGAUGUGGACCAGAGUCAUGACAUGGCUGCAGAGACGGAUGUGUUUCGUACUGUCUACAUAUAAAGUCUGCACAGUCGUACACAUACAUUUACACUCAGUGUAAGUGAAAGAGCUGAUCACAACACAUCUGUAUUAAUGUUUAUUUUGCAACCUUGCAAUCAUAAAAAAAAACUUUUAUGAUCAGUUGCUUUGCCAAUUAUUUUCUCAAUUAAUCGAUUGGUCUAUAAAAUGUAAAAACAACCAGAAAAUAAUGAAAACUGCCCUCACAUUUUCUCUCAAAUGUUUCGUCCAAAAAAAUCUCCAACAAUCCAGAAAUCCAGAAAUGUUAAGGACAACAGGACCAACAUUUGAAAAGACGUGACUCAAACAAUUUAUAAAUUCUACAUUUUCUGUUCAUUUAUUUAUCAUUUAAUGGUGACGGCUCUACAUUUCAUUGGCUCAGUUGAAUAGAAAUGACUGAUCUGCCCUUUAAACAGGAAAUAUUGAUGAGCCCUCAUCUAUGUACUUCAUGCUCGUUCCAUUGUCUAACUGUUAAAACACUGUACAAAUGAUCACAGAAACUAGGAGGUUGAACUAGUUGAGACCCGGCACACUAACCCCUCGUUCACCAACCAAAAGAAGUCAGAAUGUAGCUGCUGUCCAGCUACUUAUGUGAACACAUGAUGUCAUGUUUUAGACAUGAAUUUGUGUAUUUUUAGACUCGCCCAGCUUAGUCUGGAUUUACACUUAGAUCCAUUUUCACUGUGGGACUCACCUUUGUGAGGAGACACCAGGAAUUAUCCCUGACCAGCUCAGAGCCCCUGUCUCAUACACACACACACACACACACACACACACACACACACACACGCACACACACUCCCUUUAUCCAUACAGCAGAGCUCAGCAAUUGGGCCUUGGCCAGACCUUUGAAUUGAAUACAGGCAUAAAGUCAUUCAGUCAGCACAAAACUCCCCAGUUCACAGGCAGCACUCUCUCUCUCACUCCACCCUCCCCGACUCCCUGCUCUGAUUUAAAAAAAACGGGCCCCUGGAGGCCUCUCACACCCCAAGGUAGAAUACCUCUGCCGCCCCCCCUUUACUUUUUUUCCUGUGCUGGGGAAACAGCAGUUUGAGCCAAAUUGAGAUUAAGGCCAGGAUACAAUCGAUUUCAAUGUCCAAAUCACCUGCAACCUUCACCAACAGAAGUCACUUUACUGUCUGUUUCAGCUCGUUUCAUCCACAUUUUAAACUUCAGGUUGCUAAACUCUGGACAAAAAAAAAAAAAAAAAAAGUUGUGACUAUUUCAGCAAAAA